UUGGCCAUGUACUGGCGCAUCACCGUGCCGGCCAAGACGAUGGCCGAAGCCAAGGCCGAGCCGUGGCUCGUCGCGCUUCCGGGCCUCUUUGUAUGGCGCGGCGUCUGCUUCCGUCGAUGGCACGCGCUCGCCGCGACCUUUUUCACGCAGGCGUGCUGCGGCUCCAUCUAUGCCUACCCGGCGCUCCUCAACACUCUCAAUCUGCAUUUUGGCCAGACCGAUGGCGCCGCCAUGACGCGCAUCAUGCUCGUGGCCAUGGCCUGCUUGGGCGUCGCCGGCGCACUCAGCGGGCCUGCGCUCGAGCGUCGCGCGCCGCGGGUUGGUAUGUUUGCCGGCACGCUCUGCACCUGCCUCGGGCUGCUCCUCGCCCACAUUGCGGUUCUCGUCACCUCUGAGGCACUCUUGAUCCUCGGCUACGGUGUGCUCGUCGGCGCCGGCGUCGGGCUGCUCGUCCUCUCGUCUAUUGCGACCACGCAAAAGUGGUAUCCCGACUACCGCGCCACGUGCAUGGGCGUCGGCGUCCUCGGCUUUGGCGCGGGUCUCACGCUCUGGAACCGACUCUACGUGAGCCUCCUCCAUCUCGCAACGACGACGGACGUUGUCACGAGUAGCGCCCAGCUGACGCAUGUCUUCUCGACGGCCGUCGCCAUCAUCGGCCCCGUCUUGCUACUGAGCAGCAUCGUUCUGCGGUCGCCGCCCCCGAACUUUGUCGUCAACGGCGUCGACAUGCACUGCGUGGCAGCUGACACAUCGGCGAACGCGACGCAGCACCUCUUCGUCCAGGACGAGUUCUUCAAGGUCGGCAUGACGCUGGUCAACUUUGACGCGAUCCGCGCCUCCAACGACGCGUUCGUCGGCACGGACGGGCACUACUACCAGCAGGUCAAAGCCCUCUCGCUCGCGCAGUGCAUCUUCUCGACCGACUUUGCGCUGCUCUACCUCGCGUUCGCCGCGACCGUCGCGCCCUCCAUCCUCUUUGUGUCGCAGCUCGUGCACAUGACGGCCUACCACUUUACGCACAACGACAAUGUGUCUGCGAUGGCUUUCGCCCGCGUCCCGGUGCUUCUCAGCCUCCUCGGCCGCCUCGUCGCGCCACUCCUCUCGGACGGCGUCGUGCGCGUCUUCUACGCCAACCCGGCGUUCGCGCGCAAAGUUGUGCUCUUGGUGCUCCUCGGCGUCGAGUGCGCCAUGCUGCCGCUCAUCGCGUUCGCGAUUACGAACGACGACUAUGCGACAUUUCAGAUUGCUGUCUCCGUCAUGACCUUUGCGACCGGCGGCGGCUUUGCCAUCGUGCCGUGCCUCCUCAGCGAUCUAUACGGCGUCUACAACAUGGGCACAAUGUACGGACUCCUCUUGACGAGCUGGUGCGGUGGCGUCAUCGCGGUCGGCCUCGUCCUCACCGAGACCGACGUGGCCGACGCCUCGGCGCUCGCCGGCCUUCUUCACGCGCUCUGCUACGUGCUGGUGGUGGCCUGGGCGCUGCUCUGGCUCGUGCGCACCAACUCGACCGACCGGUUCUUCCCAGGGUACCAGAUCACGGCCUGCAGCCGCGUCCUUGUCCAGAUCCCGUUCCGCCGCAACACGUCCGACACCCUGCGCGACGACGUCUCGUCCGGCGGCAGCAUCGACAGUAUCAUCGUCCCACAACAAGCGUCCAGCGGCAAAAGCCCGACGCGCAGUUCGUUCUUCCUCUGGGACGAGCACGCCGUCGUGCACGUUGGCUCGGGCGAGGCCAGUAGCAUUACCGAAGAGGGCGCCGAGCACUAGACCUGUCAACAUCUAUUUACCAGCCUUUCAUGUCGAGAGUACUAGUAUAUAUGUUCUUAUCGAUCACCGG